AGCGCCCGUCCCGCCGGCGGCCGCCGCGAGACCAGAGCGAGCGAGCGAGCGAGCGGACGGCCGCGGUCGGCAUCCCCGAGCGCCGCGCAGAGCCAGGGCUCGCCGGGGAGAGGGAGGCAGCGCGGCGCGGCAGCCGGCCAGGCCAGCCAUCGGCGAGCGCAGCGCCCCAACCGAGCGCGCCGCGCCCGCGUCCCGCGCCCCGCGCCGGGGAAUGCGCCCGCAGCGCGCCGGCCAGGGGGCGCCCGCAGCCCACCCGGGGGGAGGCGGCCCCGAGCGCCCCUGAGCCUUCCCAUGUCCCGGGCUGGGGCCCGGGGCCUCGGCUGCUGACGCGCUCACAGCCGCGGAACCGUUCAGCCGGGCUCAGGCGCAGCGGCGAGAGGGCGCGGGCAGGGCCAUGGCCCCGGGGGGCCGCUAGCGCGGCCGGCCCGACCGGGAGCCCAGGCUCCGCCGCCGCGGAUCAGGUGUCCAGUCAGCCCGGCCUGCCUCCUGGGCCCCAGGCCCCUCCCACAAUGCCUGUCGCUGGCCUCCUCCUCUGGGCUUCCCUGCUGACUGGGGCCUGGCCAGCCACCCCCACCCAGGACCACCUCCCGGCCACACCCCGGGUCCGGCUCUCAUUCAAAGAGCUUAAGGCCACAGGCACUGCCCACUUCUUCAACUUCCUGCUCAACACCACCGACUACCGGAUCCUGCUCAAGGACGAGGACCACGACCGCAUGUACGUGGGCAGCAAGGACUACGUGCUGUCCCUGGACCUGCAUGACAUCAACCGGGAGCCCCUCAUUAUCCACUGGGCAGCCUCCCCCCAGCGCAUUGAGGAGUGUGUGCUCUCCGGCAAGGACGGCAACGGUGAGUGCGGGAACUUCGUCAGGCUCAUCCAGCCCUGGAACAGAACACAUCUCUACGUGUGCGGGACGGGCGCCUACAACCCCAUGUGCACCUACGUGAACCGUGGCCGCCGAGCCCAGGCCACACCUUGGACCCCGAUGCAGGCGGUCAGAGGCCGAGGCAGCAGAGCCACGGACGGCGCCUUCCGCCCAACACCCACAGCCCCACGCCAGGAUUAUAUCUUCUACCUGGAGCCAGAGAGACUCGAGUCAGGGAAGGGCAAGUGCCCGUACGACCCCAAGCUGGACACAGCCUCGGCCCUCAUCAACGAGGAGCUCUACGCGGGCGUGUACAUCGACUUCAUGGGCACAGAUGCGGCCAUCUUCCGCACGCUGGGCAAGCAGACGGCCAUGCGCACUGACCAGUACAAUUCGCGGUGGCUCAACGACCCCUCGUUCAUCCACGCCGAGCUUGUCCCGGACAGUGCGGAGCGCAACGACGACAAGCUGUACUUCUUCUUCCGCGAGCGGUCAGCCGAGGCACCGCAGAGCCCCGCCGUGUACGCCCGCAUUGGCCGCAUCUGCCUGAAUGACGACGGCGGCCACUGCUGCCUGGUCAACAAGUGGAGCACCUUCCUGAAGGCGCGGCUCGUGUGCUCGGUGCCCGGCGAGGACGGCAUCGAGACGCACUUCGACGAGCUCCAGGGCGUGUUUGUCCAGCAGACCCAGGAUGUGAGGAGCCCAGUCAUCUAUGCUGUCUUCACCUCUUCGGGCUCCGUGUUCCGAGGCUCUGCAGUGUGUGUCUACUCCAUGGCUGACGUCCGCAUGGUCUUCAAUGGGCCCUUUGCCCACAAGGAGGGCCCCAACUACCAGUGGGUGCCCUACUCAGGGAAGAUGCCCUACCCGCGGCCCGGCACGUGCCCUGGCGGGACCUUCACGCCGUCCAUGAAGUCCACGAAGGAUUACCCCGACGAUGUGAUCAACUUCAUGCGCAGCCACCCCCUCAUGUACCAGGCUGUGUAUCCUCUGCAGCGGCGGCCCCUGGUGGUCCGCACUGGGGCCCCCUACCGCCUCACCACCGUCGCCGUGGACCAGGUGGAUGCGGCCGAUGGGCGCUAUGAGGUGCUUUUCCUGGGCACAGACCGCGGGACGGUGCAGAAGGUCAUCGUGCUGCCCAAGGACGACCAGGAGAUGGAGGAGCUCAUGCUGGAGGAGGUGGAGGUCUUCAAGGAGCCAGUGCCCGUUAAGACCAUGACCAUCUCUUCCAAGAGGCAACAACUGUAUGUGGCCUCCGCCGUGGGCGUCACGCACCUGAGCCUGCACCGCUGCCAGGCAUACGGGGCUGCCUGUGCUGACUGCUGCCUCGCCCGGGACCCCUACUGUGCCUGGGACGGCCAGGCCUGCUCCCGCUACACAGCGUCCUCCAAGAGGUGCGGGCCCCGACCAGGGCCGUCUGGCGGGCUUGCAGGCGGGCGGAGCCGCCGGCAGGACAUCCGGCACGGGAACCCCACACGACAAUGCCGCGGCUUCAACUCCAAUGCCAACAAGAACGCCGUGGAGUCCGUGCAGUACGGCGUGGCAGGCAGCGCAGCCUUCCUUGAGUGCCAGCCCCGCUCGCCCCAGGCUGCCGUUAAGUGGCUGUUCCAGCGAGAUGCCAGUGACCGGCGCCGAGAGAUCCGAACAGAGGACCGCUUCCUGCGCACGGAGCAGGGCUUGCUGCUUCGUGCCCUGCAGCCUGGGGACCGUGGCCUCUACUCCUGCACAGCCACCGAAAACAACUUCAAGCACAUCGUCACACGGGUGCAGCUGCACGUGCUGGGUCGGGACGCCGUCCAUGCUGCCCUCUUUCCGCCACUGCCUGUGAGCGCCCCGCCGCCCCCAGGCACUGGCCCCCCCACACCCCCAUACCAGGAACUGGCCCAGCUGCUGGCCCAGCCAGAAGUGGGCCUCAUCCAUCAGUACUGCCAGGGCUACUGGCGCCACGUGCCCCCCAGCCCCAGGGAGGCCCCAGGGGCCCCCAGGCCCCCCGAACCCCAGGACCAGAAAAAGCCUCGGAACCGCCGCCACCGCCCGCCAGACACAUGAGGCCGUCUGAGCCCUGCAGUGGGCCAGCCUAGCCUUUGUCCCUUUUAAUAUAAAAGAUAUAUAUAUAUGUAUAUAUAUAUAUAUAUAUAUAUAUAUAUAUAUAUAUAUAAAAUAUCUAUAUUCUAUGCAUACCCUGCCCCUGCAAAGACAGUAUUUAUUGAUGGGUUGUAUGUAGCCUCAGCAGCAGCAUCGCCCAGAACUUAGACCUGUGCUGGUCAGAGACGGCAGAGAACAGAGCCCACCUACCCAGGUCCAGCCAGCUGGCAGGGCAGGGAGGAGCACACGGUCCCCAGAAGGAUCUGGGGGUCCACCACUUGGCAGCCACUCGGGGACCUACGGGACACAGGCAGGGAUGUGGUACAGACUGUACACCUUUGCCAACACGUGCCGACGGCAGAGACGUGGAUAUACGAGGACUGCUUUGGAGAUUGGGGAGGGGGCGCCCUGACAGGAUGCUGGCCCCACCUGGGAGGGGCACUCAGUCACGGCCAGCCCCUUCCCAGGUAUUUAUUCUCUAUUUAUUGGGGACAGGAGAAGAGGGGCCCUGCCUGGAUGGGACACCUGCAGCCCCUCCCCCCUUCCUGCCUGGCCUCUCUACCUCCUCUUCACCUUUUCUGGGCCACUGUGACUCCGGGGGCUCGGAGCAUAGCAGAGGGGCCAGGUGCAGGCAGGGCCGAGGGGAGAGGGGGCCCUGGGAGAGGCCUGGGGCCCGGCGGGGCUCCCCAGGGCUCCCUUCUGCCCACCAUUUCAGACGACGGGUGUAAAUAGCUCUGGGGGGCAGUCGGGAAGAUGGGUGGGGGCUCCUGGCGGCCCUCUGCUGCUCAGGCCACAGCCGCCCUUGGGUCCCAUCUUGCUAAUAAACACUGGCUCUGGGACUAGA